AAGCAAUAACCCGAUUGAUUCUCAUAGAGGUCCAAGAGACAGGCGGAGCCCGGUGAUCACACGCGCACUUCGGCAAAACAAGAUUUGUUAGUAGGCUUAGCAUUAGGCAUUGUCAUCAAUGGACAACAUGAAUUUAUUUAUACUGGUGGCUACUACCAUUUUUUCAAUGGUUUUGGCUGAAAAAUCACCACGGCUGAAAUUCACGGUGAUGGAAGCCCCUCGCUUUCACUUCAAAGAUCCAGAGAACUACACAUCGGUUUACCACCAACAGGGAACUGAUGUCCUGUUUCUGGGGGGGAAAGAAGUAAUCUAUAAGCUCACCUUCAGUGAUAAAGGAGUGCAUGACUUGAAGAUCCCAGUGGUGACGGAUGAGACCACCAAAAAGACAUGUCUUUUGAAAUCAGCAGUACGGAAGCAAGAGUGUGAUAAUUUCAUCACUGUAAUUAAGAAGGUCGGUGACUCCUUCAUUGUGUGUGGGACGAGAGCAGGAUCUCCUAAAUGUUGGCUCCUGGUGAAUGGCAGUGCAUUGACAGAAAUGCAAGAGGAAAUAUCUGCAAAUGAAAUCUUGGCACCCUUCCCCUCUCAGCGUUCCGUUAGCCUGUCAGCAGAUGGGAGUCUGUACUCUGCUCUGUCAGUGGGCGCAGGACAGCCCGGAUUAAUUCGCCGCACCUUUGGCUCCAAAAAGUCGCUGAAGACAGAGAGUAAAUGGUUACAAAAUCCUCAGUUUGCAGGAGCUGCUGUGAUACCUCACAGCGACAAAGUCAAAGACGAGAUGUAUUUCUUCUUUAGUGAGGUCAACAAUUCAGCUAGUCUAGAUGAAGAACCAUACAGAGCUCGGAUAGGACGAGUCUGCAUGGUUGAUGAGGGAGGGCUUCACAAUUUGCUGCCCAGCUCGUGGACUACGUUCCUGAAGGCACGUGUGAUGUGCGGUAAAAAAGGAACUCCUGUACAGUACAACAACAUCAAGCAGGCAUUUGUUUUGACCUCCAACCUUCGCACUGGGGUGAUAUACGGCCUUUUCUCUAAUGCCUGGAACACCACUGUAGUGUGCGCAUACUCCAUUGAGGAAAUUGACAGAUCCUUUUCCUCAUCGAAACUGAGGGGGUACAGCGCAGCCUUGCCUUCUCCACGCCCUGGAACGUGUACUUUUAAGAAUAACACAGCAGCUCAUAACCAGAAGAUCCUGACUGUGAUCAGAGAUCACCCUGAGAUUGAAGACAUGAUCUGGCCAGUCGGGGAGGCUCCUCUGGACCUGCCGCUUCAGGACCACUUCACUCAUAUUGUGGCCGACACAGUACUGGCUGUCAAUGAAGAGCAUUACAGUGUCAUUUAUCUGGGCACAGAAAAGGGUAAAAUCCUGAAGGUUGCACAUACCAUAGAAGGAGCCUUUAUCAUAGCAGAGUACUCAUUAUUCAACGAUGAUAGUCCCGUCACCAACAUAGCCAUUGACUCCGAAAAGGGUCAUCUGUAUGUUGGCACAGAGCAGGAAGUACAGCGCAUUCCCUUGGCUGACUGUGGUCGUUACGGUGUCAGCUGUCGGGAGUGCAUUCUGUCCCGAGAUCCGUAUUGUGCGUGGGAUAAGGUUAAGAACAAAUGUACUGCUGUCCCAAAAGAUUUUACCCCUGGGUCUCAACCACUUAUUCAAACUCUUGAUCACUCCAACGCCUCUGUUUGUGGAGAUGUUACCGCUCCAAAGGCACGUAGCACUGUCCCCAAGGAGGUGUUAGUGGAUAAAGAUGGACCAGUCUUGCUACCCUGCCCUGUUCGUUCUUAUCACGCCAAAUACCGCUGGGAAAAAGACAACUGCAUCAAGCAAUAUCCAUGCACUAUCUCGGGCUCCUCCUGUGUGCUGGCACCCACCCCCGCCCUUCCACUGAAGGAGGGCGUGUUUCGCUGCAUGGCGGAGGAGAGCGGUCUCCAACAGGAGGUGGUGUCCUACAAGCUGGUGUUUAACGGUGGGCACCUGUCAACCUCGCUAGCCUCCACCCUGGGCUCGGCCAUCCUGCUGGCUGCUGCGGCACACUGGCUCCUGUAGUUUGAAAAGAAACAAGAUGAGAAGUUUUGUGCUAAGGUCAGCAAAGCAUGAAUACUUAGGCCUGUUAAACUAAACUGCAGGGGAGAAGCUGUUCUCUGUAUAAACUGUGUUUUUCGUUUCUUAUUUGGACAAACACAUCUUUAUCGCUUUUUUGUCCGAAGGGCCGAGAAAAUGCCUGAAAUUGUUUCAUUUAACUGCUUUAAUCAUACCAAACUCCAGUGUUAUGUAUAACAUGACGUUAUGUUUCAUGCCAUCAGCCUAUAAGCAAACAUUAACUAUAGACUUAACUAUAUAUAUUUAAAUAUCUAAUCAAUGGGAUUUUUACCGCAACACACAUGCUUGCAAAAUGUUUGCGCCAUCAUUCCCAUGUUUCUGAGGACCGCUUUAUUAUCAACCCUCAGACGUGGAAUCUACAUUUUCAUAUCUUGGUUAGUUUUAUAAAAUAUAAUUUUCAUGAGUAUCCAGAAUUAGAGUUAUUAUGGCGCUUUUCCAUUGCAUAGUACCCCACGGUUUGGUUUGGUUCGGGGUCAGCUUGCUUUUGGGAGCUUUUCCAUUGGGUGCAGUACGUAGUACCCGGUACUUUUUUGCGUACCACCUCGGUUGGGGUUCCAAGCGACCCGAGCUGAUACCAAACGUGACGCGAAAACACAGUAGAUCACUGAUUGGUCAAUCGUCACAAGCGAGGAAAAAUGUUGUCAUCUCUGCUCUGCUAUAAGUUCCCAAACUCCCUUUUAGCGAUGAAAAACAUCCACAGGUUGAGAAUCAGGGACACCAUAACAGUUUUUUCCAAACUUGCAGUUUGUGGCGGAACAUUCGCGACGAGCACGUCAGUAUUAUAUGCUUUAAUGCAACUUCAAUGAGGCUCAGCAGAGCGCGUCGACUACUGACGCCACGUGUGUUUAAACCGAAACUGUCAAGAGAUAUAGAGGUAACCUUAGUGAUAAACGCGAUGUGCAAACAUCUAUUUGUGGUAGCCAAUUUUAAUUUUGUGGCGGACUGAUAAAUAAAUAAAUGAAUGGGAAUGUACAAGGACGCUCUCACUUAUGAUGUCACAGCAGUAGGCAGCGCAAAUAUAACGACAUGCCUAUAAUCCCUCCCACUGCGAAGUGAUACCAAACUCGAUGGAAAAGCUAACCACGCCAAAGUGAGGUGAGCUGACCCGACCCAAACUAAACUAAACCGUGGGGUACUAUGCAAUGGAAAGCGCCAUUAAAGACCUAUUAGAGUAUUGUCGAAACCUGAAUGUGCUGUUAAAUUUUCUCCAUUGCGUGCCAUUAUGACAGUUCUGAAGCCUUAAAACAAGGAUGAGUCUUUUGAGCUGUAAGGGUCUCAUCCUAAGCACAACUCACAAACCUGCUGGCUUUUCUAAAACAAUCAGCGUUCUGGCCCACAUAUUAUUUCAAGAGCAUAUAGAGCUGAAUUAUUACGCUUGAAGACAAAAGACUGGUUUUCAACUUGUCAAGUCAUAUAAAUAUAAAAAUCCAUUCAAGACAUCAAGCUGACAUCACUGGAAAUUUGAUAGCGAACAACACAUUCAACCUCUGUUGCUUAAUGUGGGUUGACAAAAACAGCACCAUCAGAGAAUUUAAUGGUCUGUUACCGUGUUUAACAAGUAUACUUGAACACUCAUGACGUCAGUAUUUUCAUGCUUAUGAACCAUUCAGGUCAAAUUUAUACAUUUCCACUCAUUUUAAAUGAUUUAGUGGUGAAAUAAUCUUGUGACAGAUGUGAGUUGAUUUUGUAGUUGCAGUGAAAAGCAGCUUGUGGUCAGUCUUACUGUACUUAUGUACUUAUGAUGUAGUUUAAUUGUAAUGCUCUGCAUAUGCUGUUCUUCACCAUUGCUGCCUAUGAGAAUAGAGAAAAACUUCUGAUGGAUCUAAAUAGUCAUCAUGCACUGGAGUGGUUAAAGUGUAAAAUUGUCACCGUUUGACUUCACGUCAUAUAUUUCAUCAAUGGCUGUGGAUAAAACGUUAUGGUAGCUAUCUAGUCCGCAUUACAAAAUGGAGAAAAACAUACUGUACUCAUAGAGAUUUUAUUAACUAACACAGUCCGAUUUGUCAUCUGCACCUCUAAUACCACACAUUUUCAGUUUUUCUUUUCUCAAAGCAACAAACCCAAAAUACAAAUUCUGUCUUUAACCUUAUUCUUUUCUUAUUGUAUUUUGGAUGAAGUAAGAUAAUGGCUUGUGUAAUGAAAAAAUCUAUUGUUAUUUAACCAGAAGUGCUUUGUGUUUAUAGAUGUAACUUUAAUUGUUUAAUGUAGUUGUUUAUGUCUCGUGUAAUACUCUUUCUUGCUCUACUGCUAAUUAUUUUUUAUAUAAUUUAACUACUUACAGUCUUAAGCAGGAACGCUAUAAGGAACCAUCCCUGUUUACAGCAGUUUCAUGUGAAUCUCUAGGUUGAUGUCUAGACGUCAUAAGAAAAAUGUCAAGUGUCAUAACUUAAAGCCAUGUAAAUAGUCCAGGGACAGACAGUACCAUCACUGUACACAUUAAUGCAUUAGCUACUGAUUCUAGCUUGUGCUAACCUUCUGUUUGCAUGCUGAAUGCCACAGCUUUGUCGCCCUCUCUGUGUACUUGUAUCUUUGUCUCUUGGCCUAAUGUGCUCUACAGCACUAAAUGCAGGAAAGUUGUAGUGCCAAACUGAUGUUGUCUCUUUUUUUGUUAGAGAGCUUUUCUAACUUUUCCACUGUGCUUCUUUGCCAAACGUUUACCUUUUCUGACACACUUAUAGAGGAACCUAAAUACACAGACAUGCACGCACACUCCAAGUCACCUUUGGCAAUGUAAAUGACCUUCAAUAUAACAUUAAGAUCACGUUUCUGUUAGUUUAUUAGCGUUCUACUCACACUGUCAGAAUAAAGGUACAAAAGCUGACUUGAAAAAGUCCUAAUAUGUAUCAUUAAGGUACAAAUAGGUACCAGAAUGUACCUUUCAAGUUUUUGCAAGAAUCCUCCCUCAUUUGUGACCCCGGACCACAAAACCACUCAUAAAUAGCACAGGUAUUUUUGUAGCGAUAUCCAAAAAUGCAUUGUAUGGGUCAAAAAUAUAUAUCUGUAAAUAUAUCCAAAAUGUAUUUAUCAUUAGUAUUGUGUGUUGCUAAAGACUUCAUCUGAACAAUUUUAAAGGUGAUUUCCUCAAUAUUAAGAUUUUUUUUACUAAAUUUGCAAAUAGUUGCAUCUCAGCCAAAUAUUGUCUAAUACCAACAAACCACACAUCAAUGGAAAGCUUAUUUAUUCAGCAAAAAUCUAAGUUUACCAAGUAUUCAUGAUUGGUUUUGUGGUCCAUGGUCACAUUUGAGGCAAUUAUGUUUUAUUUGUCAUUGGUUGGUUCUCAUAUUUAUCCUUUUUGCCUGAGACUUGUGGUAGCAAGUGGUUUUCCCAUGUACUAGAGACACUCACCAGAGUCUGCUCAAAGCAUCUUGCAGCUGUGUAGGUCUGCACCUAAUGACUCCUAUAAGGUUACCAAAAAUUGUAACUUUUUUAAUGGAUUGAAGACCUUGGAAAAUACAAUAAUGUACAAAUACAGUAAUUGUUCCCUGAAAAUGUGCAUUACAAUAAAAGUAAAAAUACUCUCCUG